CGCACAGAAUUGAAAUAAACAACAAUUUCAUAGUAAUAAAUAAUAUUUAACGUUACAAAUUACAAAUUGAACCAAUAAGCAGAAUCAAGAACAUCAGCCCACAGGAAGAAGUCAGUGGGUUUUUAAAUUUCAAUUAUGAGGGCAUGGACUUUUCUAUUAGAAUGUCAUAUCUCUACACUAUAUAUACCAUAUACGUAUUGAUUCUCAUUUCUUACACAUAACAAAACUAUAUAAAAAAAAAUUAUAUUGAUUAUUUUCCUGAAGGUUUUCUAGCUACGGAGUAGAAAGGAUCAACUGACAUGGGGCGUUGGGUGAGACCUGAGGUAUACCCUCUUCUUGGAGCAAUGGGAUUUGUGACAACUAUGGUUGUGUUCCAACUCACAAGAAACGCAUUGUUAAACCCUGACUGCAGAAUAAAUAAAGAGCAUAGAAAAAUGGGAAUUCUUGAAAACGAAGACGAAGGAGAAAAAUAUGCACAACACAAUUUUCGCAAGUAUCUAAGGACCCGUCAACCUCAAGUGAUGCCUUCACUCAACCGUUUCUUCUCUCAAGAGGACAACUAAAUCUUAUUACCUUAUCAUGAAUUAAUGUUUCAGAUCCUCGUUUAUAAUGUAUCUCUAAAUAAAAGGUUGAAACAUGUGUCCCAAA